AUGGCAUCGGCAUCAUUGCUGGGCGGCGCAAUCGAGGCAGACGACGACUCGCCGACACCGACUGCGACUUCCUUCCCCCGCGGCAAUAUUGGGGACGCCCCAAACACCGGCCCGCGGCGAAGUGAGCCUGUUGUCCUCGUCCCUGGCACCGCCGCGCAGGCAGAGGCUGGCAUCGCGGGAAUUCUCAAAGCAAGCUCGCAUCCUGCAGCGCUUUUCACGCUGUACCUCUUCCGCUCGGCCGCAAUUGCGGUGUACGUGCUCUGCGGGCUGUUCACGGACAACUACGUGCUUUCCAUUACAGUCGUCGUCGUGCUCCUCUCCCUCGACUUCUGGAACACAAGGAAUGUUGCGGGCCGUACCCUCGUCGGACUGCGGUACUGGAACGAGGUCGAUGACGAGGGCGAGAGCGCGUGGGUGUUUGAGAGCCGCGACCCCAGCCAGCCUGCCAACCCCAUCGACGCAAAGAUGUUCUGGAUCGCCCUGUACGCGUAUCCUCUCGGCUGGAUUGCGCUGCUCAUCGUCUCCAUCCUCAAGUUUAACAUUUCCUUCCUCCCCAUUGUGCUCCUGGCACUCGUGUUCAACCUCUCCAACGUUGUCGGGUUCUCGUAUGCGGACCGUGAUGCGCAGAAACGAUGGGCCAGCGCGGCAGCUGGGUCGAACAUCUUUGGCGGGAUGGGCGGGCUUGGUGGCCAGCUCGUCGGGGGCCUAGUGCGCGGCAGUGUCGGUCGCUUCUUCCGAUAG